UUAAGGUAGGCUAGGAUGUUUGCCAUUGCCCUUGCUUCUGCAUAGAUGAUGCCAGUUUAGCGCAGAUGAAGGACACUAGGGAGGAACGAUGCUCCAAUCAAGCAACUCAAUGAAUAGAUCGGUAUUUUAGCGCAAGGGAUCGGGGACACAGCAUUUCUCCAGGCAAAGGGCACGGUAGUGAUGGGAACACAGAGGAUUUAUCGCAUGUAAUCCUACUGCUGCAGCUACAGAACAGCCGUGUGCGGCAGACCAUUGCCACAAUGAGCCCCUUACCGGCCCCUUCUCUACACCCCAGCCCGCCUGCCUUCUGAUUGAUUUCAUUGUCUUUGUUGCACUUCGCCUUCUCGUCCCCAAUCCCCACUGGGAAUGUCACUGACAGGCCCGGAUCAGUGGCUGAGGGCGGCGCUGUCCUUGCGAUCUGGGGUUAGCAUACCGUGCAUCAGCGCCCCCUCCUCUCCGGGCUCCUUGCGUCACUGUGUGCGCGUUUCUGAGCGAUGCUGCGAGCGGCUGGCUGAGCGAUGGCUGGCUGAGGGAUGGCUGGCUGAGGGACGGCUGUUACUGCCGCUAUUGCUGCUGCUGCCUGUGUCCUGCUGAUGGCCGGGGAGAGGCUGCCUCCGCUCAGCACUGACUCAUUAUCGGGCUGCCGCUCUCCGUGGUGCUGAAGUCGCGCCUGUGUCCCUCCGCCGGUCAGGGCUGCUCCGCGGAAGACGAGAACCGGGAUACUGGGUACUGGAUCCUGCCCGUGGAGACGUCCCAAGAGGAGGAGAAGAAGGAGGCUUGAUUCUAGCACAGGAAGAAGUAGGGGAAGGUCUGCAGCUCCUGGUCACACAAGUGCAAACUGUAUAUAUGUCUGUGUGUGUGGGAAGAGCAGCGUGGGAAGCAGAUUACUGUCGAGAAGGACAUGGUUGGAAUAAGCAUCGGGCUGGCUUCCUAGUAAUCCCCCACGCUACAAGACACUGGGAGAGGCAGUCUCAUGAAGACACACGUCUUUUGUUGGAUAUACUUCUUUUGAUAUACUUCUGGUGUUUUGUAUUACAUUAAGAUUUACAGACCUUUCCAUUUUGUGGCCAGUUUUUUUUUUUAACUCUUUGGAAACAUCUUUGGAUUUAAAAGCCAGACGCUCCAUUUAUUCAUGUUCCCCAGAGGAGUUGAGUGACAAAAGAGGUCUGAUAACACUGGGAAGUCUUCUGUUCAAGGGAAAAGUGGGCCCCUGAGCUAAUGGUGCAAGAAGAAAAUCACCUCUAAUAGUUAUUCACAGAAAGUCAGCUUCAGAAGCGAUCCCUGUCUGGGCAAAAUGGGCGAGCAACCCAUCUUUAGCACCAGAGCCCAUGUCUUCCAGAUAGACCCCAACACUAAGAAGAACUGGGUUCCAACCAGCAAGCAUGCCGUCACAGUGUCCUAUUUUUAUGAUAGCACAAGAAAUGUCUACAGGAUAAUAAGUCUGGAUGGAUCAAAGGCAAUAAUAAACAGCACCAUCAGUCCAAACAUGACAUUCACAAAGACAUCCCAGAAGUUUGGGCAGUGGGCAGACAGCCGGGCUAAUACAGUCUAUGGCCUGGGAUUCUCCUCUGAACAUCAUCUCACUAAAUUUGCAGAAAAAUUUCAGGAAUUUAAAGAAGCAGCUCGAUUAGCAAAGGAGAAAUCCCAGGAAAAGAUGGAAUUAACUAGUACGCCUUCCCAGGAGUCUGCUGGAGGAGACCUCCAAUCACCGUUAACACCAGAAAGCAUCAAUGGAACGGACGAUGAAAGGACAACUCCAGAUGUGACGCCAAACUCCGAACCAAGGGCUGAACCUACGCAGAACGCAUUGCCAUUUACACACAGUUCUGCAAUCAACAAGCAUUGGGAAGCAGAACUGGCUACACUUAAAGGAAAUAAUGCCAAACUCACAGCAGCCUUGCUGGAGUCUACUGCCAAUGUGAAACAAUGGAAGCAACAGCUUGCGGCCUAUCAAGAGGAAGCAGAGCGUCUACACAAGCGGGUGAGCGAAUUAGAAUGUCUGAGCAAUCAAGCUAAUGCUGUGCAGUCUCACAAGACAGAACUGAACCAGAAGAUACAAGAAUUAGAAACCACGCUGAAGAAGAAAGAAGAGGAGAUAGAAAGAUUGAAAGAAGAGGUUGAACAUGCUAAAGAGUUGCAAGACCAGAAAGAUUCUUUGAGCCAAAAAUUACAGGAGGUAGAAACCCAUAACAAAGACAUGGAAGGACAGUUAAGUGACUUAGAGCAACGGUUGGAGAAAAGUCAGAACGAGCAGGACGCUUUCCGCAAUAACUUGAAGACACUUUUAGAAAUCCUGGAUGGAAAAAUCUUUGAACUCACCGAACUGCGAGACAACCUGGCCAAACUGAUAGAGUGCAGCUAGAAAGAGACCAGCAGCGCCAAUGGCUUACCCUCUUCUUAAAGAUGCACUGUCUCUCGUGACAGCACCAAGAUGGGCUCUGCCUCCAAGUUGCACAAAACCAGAAUGGGUUGCAAAAUUUUUAGUCGGGUGAAGUAUAAAAUUAAGACUGAACUAGUUAAAAAAAGAGGGGAAAUUUAAAAACAACAAAAAAAAAAAAACAAAUAAAACUUGAAAUACAAAUUACCUCCUAUUCCAUUAUUGGCCAUAAUGAACUUUAACACAUUCGGUGCCAGAUAAGCUCUAGCGCCAAAUGUUUCUGGUUAUUCGUAUUCCGCAGUUGACAGUAGUAUAAAGCAAUCCGUCUUUUGGGUUUGCAGACAGCAUAGAAAGUAGCCAUUAGUGGAUUGUGUUAGACACAGUAUUCUGGGUCAGUUUUAGGGCAGAGCAGAUUGGGCAUUUGCCCGGCUCCCCAGUACCAUGGGUUGGGGGGAAUGUGACACAAAAUAGAUGUGUAAAACUAUCAAAUGUUUUUAAAAUACAUCAGGGGUGUCCAAGUUGCACCCCUCCAGCCGUAACUGCCAGCUGGAGGGGUGCAGGCUGCCCUCCCUGAUUCCCAUAAUUGUCUUUCCUUAGUGCUAGUCCUGCUGCACCGCCCCAGGCCCCUCUUCGGCCCCGGCACCAUUUAAAGGUCAUAUUUAUUUUUUAAAAGGGGUUUUAUUUGAUUUUUUUUUUCUUUUUAGUACUAAAAUCUAUUCUUGCAGUGUUUUGUGCUGAAACGGGAGGCGCCCUCUGUAUUUUCGUUGCAAUCGGAACAUUUUUCUCAGGAUCUUUUUGCACUGUUGGAAGAAAAAACAAAAUAAAUAAAGUGCAUUACUAACCUUGCCAGGAGGGAGAGAAAUUGCAUCUUUAGCCGCUCACCGUUCCUCCACUUCUCCAACCGCUUGUAUAAAGUUCUUCCUUUUUCUACCGGAAGAGAUUUCUCUAUGGAGUUCACCCUGCUCUUCUUGCGCCCGGCGUUUCCAUUAUUUUCUCCAUGAUUUUAAUGCCAUUUAUUUAACGCUAGGAUCUCAGUUACUAAUAUACUGUAAACCCAAUUCCAAAGGCAGCUGGGUCCGGGGGCAGAUUUAGGUUGUUAUUUAAGAUAUAUCUGAAGAGUAUAUAUAUAUAUAUAUAUAAAUAUAUAAAAGAAAAACACGUUUACUAUAUGGACUUUAAUCUGCAUAUGAGAUAUGAGUAUGUUUUGAAAUGAAUGCAAAAUGUUUACUUCUGUUUUGGGGAGACCUCAUUUCCAGACGUCCCAUGCAUCUCAGUGUCUGUAGUGGGAGAUAUUAGAAGCCCUAUUUGUCCUCGGUUUGAUUUAAAGACGAUACUGUUUUCUGAACGGUCUGACUUGGACUUGACUGAUGGGGCUGUUGCUAGGAAACGGGGAACUGCGGUUUAAUGUUGAGCCCCUUCAUCCUCUAGGAAAUCCUGUGCCAUGAUUUAAUGUAAUGUUCGACUUGUACCUUUUCUAUGCCGCGAGAGAUUGCUUAUACAAAUAGGGUGGGGAAUGUAGGGCCGCUGAAGUCGGGGAAAGUUUAUCCCAGCAAUCCCAUUUGUGUUUUUGUUUGGAUCAAAGUGAUACCGGCACCUGCAGGCAAGCUUGGAUUUUGAUUCCGGUUUUAAAAAGUAAAACUCUAUUUUUGGCCUCAAAGAAGCAUCUGACCAAGAUGUGAAUGCCAGAAGGCAUUGCUGUGUUUAGAUAGCAAUACUUCCUGUCUGUCAGAACUAAGCCACACCCCUGCGCUCCUUGCCAGGGGGGAAAGUCCUGCCCAUUCUGUGGGAUGUAGUGAUGUGCAAGUCGACAAAAAGUCAGCCCGACCCUGCCCGCUCCCAACCUGACCCAGAAAGCACUUGUAUUUAUAGACUUGCUUUUGCCCUGCCCCGUCUCUGAUGUCAUGAAGGGGCGGAGGGCAGGGAACAGGCGGGGCCUAUAAAUAUAGGCUGCCAGAGCCAAGAGCUGGGCAAAGUAAGGUUGUGGUCAGGGAGGAUGGAAGGGAGGGCUCAACCCAAUCCAACCAGUGACCCGCAAGUUAUGUGUGACGGACAGGCCGAACCAGCCCAAUCCGUGGGUAAAUCCGUGGAUCCCACAGGUUUCAGGCCGGUCCACACAUCACUACAGGGAAGAGCUCACUUGCACAGAUAUUGCCUGGGCCCCUUCGAGGCCGAUGGAUCAGUUAUUGAAUUCAAGUUUUUUCUGAACUGCGAUUGAGUUUUUUUGCAGAAUUUUAUCUUAAAUGCAAGAUAUUUAUGAAAAAACUUGAAUGGAAAAAUUGAAUUUGAUUUUUUUUAUUCCUAGGAUUUUCUUGAAUGAUAAAAGAAUACAAUCUUUAAUUUUAAUAAAUUUCCCCCCCCUUUAAGUAUUCUUUGAAGUAACAACUGAGUUCAAGGGAAUCAUACAUAGUGCUCGAGUGGGUGUCGGAAUCACUCCCAAGUGCAGUUACCGGAGGAGAGACAAAUCUAUGUACCCAAGUGGCACAGCACUAACGGAUUUAGGUCCUUUGCUGCGAGUCUGAGAAAGAAAGGCUUAAAUAUAACAUGGCCAGUAAUGCUGUAUUUUAUAUACUGAACUUACUGUACCAGGCUACAGGUUAGCCAUCAGAGUAACAGGAAUAAUCCAGGCCUUCAAAGUCAUCCACAGGAGCUCCCCAUCUUGGAUCUUAUUAGGGCAUCUGUUGAGUGUCAGUGGCACCACACAUGCUCAGUGGGUUUGGGCUGCUGUCAGGAAGCUGAGCUUUAGGGGUCAUCAGAAAUCAACUUAUUAGCAGAAAGUGGGGUUUGUGACAUAGAGGCUGAUGCUGAUGCAGAAUGUAUUGGUUUCUGUAAUGUGAAUUUAAUUACUCAUCAGCUUUAUGACUUUUUUUAUAUUUGUAGAGCGUUUAUUGUCGAUCCCUAAGCUCAGGUAAGUGACAGCAGCCCAGAGCAUGUGCAGGGAAUCAGCAGAAAAGAAGAUGGGGGGCUACUGGGGCAUCUUUGGGGGCACAGACCUUCCCUGCUAAAGGGCUGGGGUUGCCUUGGGCUGGUACAGAGGUACAAAACAUAAGCUCUAGCGUUUGUACUCUCAUUGUUAAGCUUUAUUUCUCCUGUAAGUAAAGUUUUGAGGACUAGAAUUCAGCUACAGCUGGAGGACCGCAUAGUUGGACAGCACCGGUCCGGACAGUUCUGCUCUUCCAGGGUUUUUAGUUCCUCCUGUCCAAAAAGAAAAACACCAAAUGAAGGCAAAAUAUAUCCAAGCUAAUCUCAAAUUCCAGUUGUUCCAAAUCACCUCCUACUGGGUCAGCAUCACGGAAUCUGCUUCUUCAGACAGAGCCGCCUCUAUAUACGACCAGGGAAUCAUUAUAGGUGGGAAUUUCAGGAAUCCUUGGCUCCCAGUUAGAAUAAAGCGCCACGGCAGCAUACCUUGCUUUGCACUGCUCACCAGAUGCCAUACAUUUUGCCCACAUCUCAUGUUAUAGAUACAGUUUGGCACUCUUGUAGCCUCAGGAUCUGCAGCCCAAUAGCCCAUGCAAAAAAAGUGUCACCGGCCAGGCACAGGUAGUGCAAACUGGGCACGAAUACAACAAGGGGAGUCAGGGAGCAAAGCCAAAUAAAGGCCAUCGGAGAAGCACCACCAGCCCAGUGCAGAAUAGCAGGAUGGCGUAUGUGGCCCCGUCACAUACACAACAGCUUGGUACAGGGACUAGUAUAGACACAACAAGUGACUGUAUCAUGUUAAUAAAUGAGCACCAGCGUGCCCUUCAUCUUUAUGGCGAAACCGUCAACUGCGUGCAAAGUAAAAAGGCCAAAUGUGAGUAUAUUUGGCCCUACUGCCAUUUGUAUACUUGCCAAUGACACUGGGACUAUAAAGUCUAACCCAUCCCAUGGAAGCACUGACCGUAAGGCCGGCUAAUGUCACAUUGCUCUAAUGCUGAAUCUCUAGCGGGGAUCUGCAACCUAUGACUGCCCGGCUGUAAUUCAACUACAACUCCCAUCAUCCCCCAGCAGCCGCUGGAGGGCAUAAGGUUGUAGAUUGCUGCUCUGUGGAACCCAAUCCACAUUGAAUUCCGUUUCCAUAAAUAUAGCUUUACAAUUAGAAGUUCUGAAACCUGAAUCUCACCUUGCUUUGUUUUCUACAGGCGCAAAUCUGAAUCUGACAUCAAUUUUAACCUGUAUUUUAGUGGCAUUUGCUGCAUUUUAAUUAGAACCCAUGUUUGCCAUCUUUUUACAAAAUAAACCCAAAUGUUUUUCUUUCCA